AUGUCGCCUCCUUCCUCUGGUCCUCCUCAUAGCAAUCAAUGGAUGUAUUCUAUCGGGAUAUCUGAUCAAGACGACAGCCUAUUCCCUAGUCUCACCAUCAAACAACGAGUCAUCGGAUGGGCAUGCUGUUUCACCGCGGGUACCCUCAUUACGAUCGGCUCCUUCGGUUCAUUUACUCUCCUUCUCCUGGGCAGACCGACCAGAUUUGCACUAGCGUACACACUGGGUAAUGUACUACAGCUGGUAUCUACUAUGUUUCUAGUAGGGCCACUACGACAAGUGAAGUGCAUGUUCCGAAAUAACAGAGUCAUCGCUGCUGGAAUAUACGUCCUAGCACUAUUCACUACACUUUAUACAUGUAUUCACUCCCCGCAUCACCGAGCGUUGAUACUCCUUGCGGUCAUCAUCCAGUUCCUAGCUUUAUUCUGGUACGCCUUAUCGUACAUUCCAUACGGUCGCCAGAUGACCACUAGUGUUACUAGCCAUCUCACUCAACGACUCUUGGCUGACUGA